AUGGCUACUCCUAGUGUCCUCGCCUUUGAAGCUGAGGGUGGGGCCAUUGACUUUGAGGUCUGGCUAGAUGACCUGCAGCUAUUCUUACAGUGCGAUAGGGCAGACAGUCUCUCUCUCUUUGACCUCACCUCUGGCACUGCCCCUGCCCCUGCUGCUGAUGCUGACGCCACUUACAAGAGUGCUCAGACCUUGUACGACGCUGUAGUUGCGCGCUACUCCUCCCCUGCCACUGCUGCACUGAGCCUCAGGGACCACUUCCUCUCAGUCUGUCCCACCACUCUCACUGUCGACCUCCUCGAGAAAUCCCUACUAGCGGCCGAGAAGGGCAUUGUCGCUGUAAGGGCCUCUCGUGGUGACCCGCGCACCCCCAUCUUUGAGGGGUGUUCCCCUUCCCCCCUUCUGCCCUCUGUUGCCUCUGCUGCUGCGGCCGACCUCCUUGGUCUUGAGUCGGUCGGUGCGACAUCUCCCCCUAGCGGGAGACGCCGCCCUGGCAAGGGCAAGGGGGGCAAGGGCACUGGAAGAGCGAGCGGGGGCGAUGGAGGUGGAGGUGGCGGCAGUGGGGGGAGUGGGGGUGGCGGUGGGGGUGGAGGUGGGGGUGGAGGGGUCAGUGGCGGCAGUGGUGGCGGAGGUGGCGGCGGUGGCGGCGGUGGAGGCGGCGGUGGAGGCGGUGGCGGCGGUGGAGGUGGUGGCGGAGGCGGCAGCGGUAGCGGAGGCGGCGGAGGCGGCGGAGGCGGCAGAGGCGGCGGUGGAGCUGGUCGCGGGUCUUCGCAGAGGAGUGGCUCCGGUGGUGCCACUCGCCAGCAGCAGCAGCGCGGUCGUGAGGGCCUGUCCCCUCAGCAGCUCCGUGAGUGGUACACGCAGCGUCAGCGUGGUGGGAGCUUUGGUCCCUGCACCUACGUCCUUCGCACCGGCGACCGCGCGGGAGUAGCUAUCCUUGAUCUUGACUUUGAUGCUAUCCUUGCUGCAAUGUAUGCUGUGACUAUUAGUGAUGACGGUGACUGUUACCGGUGUUUCCCGCCCGACCCGGGCAUUGGUACUGCUGCUCCAGGUGCCGGUGAGGCUGCUCCUCUAGGUGCCAGUGCGUCUGCGCCCUCAGGUACUAGUGAGUCUGCGCUCUCAGGUACUACGUCGGCUUCGGCCUCCCUCACCUUCACCCUUGACUCUGGGGCUUCUCGCUCCUUCUUUCGGGACCGCACCACACUCACGCCGCUUAGUCGGCCGGUUGCGGUGUCUCUAGCUGACCCCUCUGGGGGUCCUGUCCUGUCGCGCUUCUCUACAGUCCUCCCGUGUCCGGCGGCUCCCUCUGGCACCCUGUCUGGUCUCUACCUCCCCUCGUUCUCUACGAACCUGGUGAGUGGUGCUGACCUACAGGAUGCGGGUGUCCACCAGUUCACUCCUGCGCGCCAGCGGGUGACGCACUGCACCGACGGUCGCACAGGCCGACACCUGUCUACGUUUACCCGUCAGCCGAGGUCGAGCCUGUACACACUGACCACUGCGUCUCCUCCCGUUGCUGCGUCUGGUAGGGUAGCUGCGUCGGGUCAGGUGUUUGCUGCAGCGUCCAGGUCUGGUCCUGAGUCUGCCCCCUGUUCGUGUCGUCUCCUGUCUCACGAGACUCUCCUCUGGCACCACCGUCUUGGUCACCCCUCUCUGCUUCGGCUCAGAGGCAUGGCCUCCCGUCUUCUUGUGUCUGGUCUGCCCCGGUCCCUCCCUCCCCUUCCUCAGGGCCCUGGCCCUGCCUGUGUCCCUUGUGUCGAGGGGCGCCAGCGUGCUGCCCCUCACUCCUCCCAGUUUCCUCCGACAGAGGCCCCGUUGCAAACGCUUCAAAUGGACGUGUGGGGCCCAGCCCGCGUCCGUGGACAGGGUCACGAGCGCUACUUCCUGCUCGUUGUUGACGACUACUGGCGUUACACCACAGUCUUCCCCUUGCGCAGCAAGGGUGAUUUCACUGAGGUGCUGAUCGACUGGAUCCGCGCAGCUCGUCUCCAGCUCAGGCAGAGCUUUGGCUCGGACUUUCCUGUUCUGCGUCUGCACUCGGACAGAGGCGGAGAGUUUUCCUCUGGUCUUCUGCGAGCCUGCUGUCGUGCACGAGGCAUCCGUCAGACCUUCACGCUUUCGGACUCACCGCAGCAAAAUGGGAUUGCUGAGCGCCGCAUUGGCAUGGUCAUGGACGUCGCUCGUACGUCCAUGAUGCAUGCGGCUGCCCCCCAUUUUUUGUGGCCGUUUGCGGUCAGGUACGCGGCGCAUCAGAUCAACCUUCACCCCAGGGUCUCCAUGCCGGAGACCUCCCCAGCCCUGCUGUGGACGGGGAAGGUUGGCGAUGCGUCGGCGUUCCGGGUCUGGGGAUCUCGGGCGUUUGUCCGCGACUUGUCUGCGGACAAGCUGUCCCCUCGUGCUACUCCUUGCGUCUUCCUGGGGCUCCCCCCUGACGCGCCUGGGUGGCAGUUCUACCACCCCACCUCUCGCCGUGUUCUGUCCUCCCAGGACGUCACGUUCGACGAGUCGGUCCCCUACUACCGCCUCUUCCCCUACCGCACUCCGUCCCUCCCCCCGCCCCCGCUCUUCCUUGUACCAGGUCCCCCCCCGGUCGACCCCCUCCCCCCUCAGGGUCCUGCCCCUUCAGGUGUGUCCCAGGUAGACGCAGUCGAGCCUGUCGAGGUUACUGGUAACUCUGGUACUGCUGAGGGUGCUGAGCCUGGGGGUGCUGUGACUGGGGGUGCUGAGACUGGGGGUGCUGAGCCUGGGGGUGCUGCGACUGGGGGUGCUGAGCUUGGGGGUACUGCGACUGGGGGUGCUGAGCCUGGUGGUGCUGAGCCUGGUGGUGCUGAGCCUAGGGGUGCUACGACUGGGGGUGCUGAGCCUGAGGGUGCUGAGCCUGGGGGUGCUGCGACUACGGGUGCUGAGCCUGGAGGUGCUACGCCUGGAGGUCCUCCGGGGGCUUCGUCUCGCCGGGAGCCACUUUCUCCCCCGGAGCUGCGCGAGUGGUUUGCACGGCGCUGGAGGCGUGCUGCUGGAGCAGGAGUUUCUUCGACUGCUGUGGGUGCUGGUGCCGCGGGUCCCGGAGGUGCUUGUGCUGGGAGUACUGGAGCUGCUGGGCCUGCGGGUUCGACUGGAGCUGGUGCUGCUGCGGGCGUUGGUGCUGAGCCUCCUUCCCGCGGUCCUGCUGGGGGUACUACUGGUGCUGCUGGAGGUUCUGGAGCUGCUGGAGGUGCUGCUGGAGCGGGUGCUCCUUCUGGGGUACUGUCACAGCUACACUUACAGCCUGCCUCCCCUCUCCCUGCUCCCUCUCCCUACACUGGUCCUACUGGAGGUCUUGCUGAGCGUCGUGAGCCCGCGUCUCGUCCUGCGUCGCCUGUUCGUGCUGCUCGCCCUAGUGGUCGCGGCUCGCGUCAGCGUCCUCCUCCUGUCCCUGGCACGCACCAGAUGUCUCUGCGUCCGUCCACUGCUCCUCUGCGUGCCCCUUUACCUUCUCCUCCUGCGUCCUCUCUUCCUUCUCUUGCCGACCCGGAGUCGGACUCUCUUCGUGCUGUCCGUCCUACUGUCACGCGCCUCCUUGCUACUGUCGUCACUAACCCUUCUUUCGAGUCCACUGCUGCGUCUGCCCUCGUUGCUGAGCUCGUCGACUUUGCUGCUCGCUGUCGUCUAGACUACGCUGCUAGUCUUCUCGCUGAGUCUGAGUCUGUCUGUCCUCCGUCCGUCGGGGGUGAGUGUGCUCUUGGCACGGACGUCCUUGAGGACAGGCAGGAGGAGUUCCAGUGCUUGGCCGUUGUUUCACCCCACCUCGUGUCCGUACUGCUUACUCCUGAGGGAGACCUGGAUGCACUUGACAUCCCGACUCCGCGCUCUUACGCGGAGGCGAUAGAGGAUCCCUACUCUUCUCAGUGGCAGGCAGCUAUGGAUGCAGAGAUGGCGUCCUGGAAGUCCACAGGCACCUACGUUGAUGCUGUCCCCCCUCCUGGGGCGAACAUCGUCAGUGGCAUGUGGAUUUUCAGGGUGAAGCGGCCACCGGGUUCUCCGCCUGUCUUCAAGGCACGGUACAUGACCACUCUUCGGGUGCUACUGCACGUUGCCGCUCACCGUGACUACAAGCUGCACUCCCUCGACUUCAGCAGAGCUUUCUUGCAGGGCAGCCUGCACGAGGAGAUCUGGCUGCGUCGCCCACCUGGCUUCACUGGGUCGUUCCCUCUUGGUACCCAGUGGAGCCUCCGGCGUCCAGUUUACGGUCUCCGCCAGGCGCCCCGUGACUGGCACGACACACUGAGGACUACUCUUGCGGCUCUUGGGUUUGCUCCUUCUACAGCCGACCCGUCACUGUUCCUGCGCACCGACACCUCUCUGCCGCCCUUCUACAUCCUCGUGUACGUCGACGACUUGGUCUUUGCCACAGCUGACACUGCUGGACUCGCCCAAGUGAAGUCCGAGCUGCAGAAGAGACACACGUGCACAGACCUGGGGGAACUGCGCAGCUACCUUGGCUUGCAGAUCACUCGAGACAGAGCACAGCGCACCAUUACCCUGACUCAGUCACACAUGGUGCAGCAGGUCCUUCAGCGCUUCGGCUUCACGUACUCCUCGCCUCAGGCCACUCCUCUGCCUACUCGCCACUCACUCUCAGCUCUGCCUUCGGAUGAGUCCGUAGAGUCGAGUGGCCCGUAUCCAGAGCUUGUUGGCUGCCUCAUUUACCUGAUGACCUGCACACGACCUGACCUUGCAUACCCUCUUAGCAUUCUCACACGCUAUGUUGCUCCUGGGAGACACCGACCAGAGCACAUGGCUGCAGCGAAGAGGGUGUUGCGCUACUUGUGCAGUACGUCGGGCAUGGGGCUAGUGCUUGGAGGGCGCAGUCCAGUGGUCCUCACUGGGCACGCAGAUGCUUCAUGGGCUGACGACCAGGCUACUCAGCGGUCGUCACAGGGUUACACCUUCAACCUUGGUUCCGGCUCUGUCUCGUGGCGGGCUACUCGCUCGUCUUCUGUUCUCGGCUCCAGUUGUGAGGGUGAGAUCUACGCUGGGGCCAUGGCUGCACAGGAGCUUCGCUGGCUCACCUACCUGCUGACCGACCUUGGAGAGCCGCCUCGUUCUCCUCCAGUUCUGUACGUAGACAACAAGGCCAUGCUGGCCUUGUGUCGAGAGCAGCGACUGGAGCACAGAACGAAGCACAUUGCUCUCCGCUACUUCCUUGCUCGUGAGCUACAGCAGUGUGGUCAGUUGCGGCUUGCGUACGUGGCCUCUGAGGCCAACACUGCUGAUGUUUUCACCAAGGCACUUGCGCCUUGUGAUCAUCAGCGCUUCUGGGGAGAAGGGGAGUACGGAGCGGGACAGCAGAGGCGGCGGGCGGGGAGCCGGCCGUUAAUUCGCGUGAAUGAGGGGCAGCAGAUGGCGGCGCAGGUGCUGGACGCGGACGAGUACCCUGACCAGUACCCCGAGGAGUACGCGCACGAGUAUCCCGAGGAGCGCAACGCGCUGCAUGGACGCGUGAAGCCAAGCACCCGCCCGCCUGUGCCUCGCGUCCUUUGCGUCUCCCCCACCUCCCUCGCAACCCCUCCGUUCCCCUCUCCUGCUUGCCCCGUCGCGCAGUUCUCGUCGCUACCCAACUAUGCGGGCGGCACUGACGGCGCCGCGCACUCACCGCAAGAGGUGAUGAGUCCCCGCCGCGUGCCCAAGCCCGCCCGCCCCGCCAUGCUCUCGGGCAUGGGCAUGGGGGGGGCGCCGACGGGCAGCUAUCAGGCGUCGUCGCGCGGCGAGGCGGAGGUGCUGCGCGGCGUGCUGGCGCUGCUGGAGGCGGUGCGGGACGACGACGUGGCGCGCGUCAACCGCAUCCUGCAGGACGCGCCGUCGCGCACCGCGCUGCUGCACUGCGCGCACCCUGGUACGCCGCGUCUCUCAUCCCCCAUCCUCAACGUACCCUGCCUUACUUUUCCCUCCUCACUGUUACCCUCCCUUUCUGCUCUUUUCGCACAUGUUAUCCACCAUUCGCUCCCCCCUCCUCCACGACUCGUCUACCUCGCUGCGUCUCCUCAUUCGCGUCCCACGUGCCUGGCCCAUUCCCCACGCCAUGCCCCCCGUGCAGGCACGGGGCGGGCGGCGCUGCACGAGGCGGUGGUGGCGGGCAGCGUGGACGCCGCUGCUGCGCUGCUGGAGUGGGGGGCCGACCCCGAUGGCGGGCACGCGUCGCAGAUGCCGCCCAUACUGCUGGCGGUGCAGGCGGGCAGUGAGAAGGCGGUGACGCUGCUGCUGUCACACGGCGCCGACAUCAACGCUCACGACGCGCAGCUCUGCACCGCGCUGCACUACGCAUGCGCUGACGCCCACCGGUACCCCUCCUCCACCUCCCCCCUCGCCACACCCUGUCCCAUCUCAUCAGUCCCAUCCUGCCUCUCACCCCUUUGCCACCUCUCCAUCUCUGAUGCUCCGGUCCUUGCUCCCACCUGCUGCUUCUGCCCACCCUUUUCUGGCGGCAGGGGCAUGAUAAAGCUGCUGCUGGUGGCGGGCGCCAACAUGUAUGCGCGCAACAGCGACGGGCUGCUGCCGCAGCAGCUGGCGUCCACGGACCGCAUCCGAGCGCUCUUCUCCAAGCUGCACGACUACCACCACCGCCACGGCCUCCUGCCCCCCCAUGCUCACCUCGCCUCCUCCGCCACGCCCGCUGCUGCCAUGGCCGCGUCCCCCCCUGCCAGCCCUGGCGGCAUGGACCGGCGCAGCCCGCAUGAGGGGGGGCUGCUGGGGGACGACUCGUGGGACGACCAAGGCGUAAACGGUGUGGCGUCGCACCGAGUGGCGUCCCCACGCGCCGGCAUGGCGCGCAUGAGGGCCGCCGCCUCCGCUGCUGUCGAGGCCGCCACUGGGGGCGGCGCGGGCAGCAUGCGCGGGCGCUUGGCGGGCGACCGGUGGGGGGGGCGCGGGGAUGAGUGGGGCAGCGGGGGGGGCAGUGAGAAGGAGGCACGGCGGGGGGGACGAGGGGAGGAGGGGUAUGAGAGUCCACAGGAGAUGGUGGAGAGCAACGAGCAGAUCUUCCAGCAGGCGUGGGAGAACGACCGCCACGACGACUCGCCCGCUCUCCCCUGGCCCUCGCCCUCGCCCCCCGCCUCCUCGCCUGCCGCCCCCUCCGCCACCACCCCGCCCAGCAGUAGCAGCAGCACGGGUGGGAGGGGCGGAGGCGCGGAAGGGGAGGAAGCAGCGCCGACGGCAGCGGUGGCGCGGCGGCAGGUGCAGAUGCACGUGAGGGACGCGGCACGCACGCUGUCGGUGGAGUCGGGGGGCGCGCACUACCAGCGCCGCAUCGUGGCGGCAGCAGGGGACGCCAGCAGCAUGUCGGACGCCGAGGGUGGCUCUGGCCCCCGCACCCGCCACGCCCCCGCUGCCGCCUCCCUCAGCGCCGGCGCCCGCGGCGAGGUGUCCCGCCUCGCCCGCCCCCGCAACUUUGCAGACUUCCGCGCGGAGCGACUUGUGGGUGGCGGGGCAGGGGGCGCCGGGGGAGGGGGACCCAGCACCCCCAGGGGCGGGGCAGGGACGCCAAGAGGAGGGGAGGGGGGCGGGAGGGCAGGAGGGGGGGGAGGAGCCGGGGGGGCAUCCACGCCCAGGAGGGUGGGCGCUGAGCGAGUGGGGUCGGAUGAUGACGUGGAGGAGAGGGCGGCAGGGGGAGGGGGAGGGGGAGGGGGAGGGGGGGGGGGGAGGGCAGCGAGAGAAGGGGAUGGGAGGGCGCGUGGGGCCGGGGGGCAGUGGCGUGGAGAGGCGGGGGGCGUCCACCCCGCGGGCCGUGCGCGACAACCCCUAUGCCUCCUGGAACGGCGGCGCCCUGCCAGACAGAGGCUCCCUGGCGGACAGGAGCGGGGGGGGCGCGGGCAGUGGCGGGGACAGGCAGCCACACCGGUCAGUCAGCUCAGAAGAACGGCAGGGGGAGGGGAUGGGGAGCGGGGCGAGGUGGUGAGCCGGCGGUCGCGCGCCAUCAAGGCUGCAGCGGGGGGCGGCCCCUCCACGCCCUCGCGCUCCCCUCCCCCCUCCGACUUCUCCCGUCGCUUCUCCUCGCUGCGCGUGGCUGAUGGCGCCGGGCAGCGCGCCGGCAGCCCCGGCAGCAGUGCGGGCGGCGAGGAGGAUUCGGGCAGGCGCGGGGGCGCAGGCAGUGCAGGCAGUGCGAGGCCGAGGAGUCCGCUGAGGGGCGCACAGGCAGCGCCAUGUGACGACGACAGCAGCCCGCGCACCCCCACCGGUGGGCCGGCUCCCCAUCGGGUGCAACGGCUGGGGGAGGAGGCGGCAGCAUCAGUGGCGGCGGCACCCGGGAGCAGUGGCUUGGACGAGGGAGGUGCGAGCGAGGGCAGGGGGAAAGGCAAGGACGCAAGCGAGAGGGCUGAGAGAAAGGAGCGCAGCGAUCGCAAGUGCCAGUCGUUUGUGCCGCCGUCGUCAGCUGGUGCUGGCAGGAAGAUGGGUGCGGCAUCGGUGUCCGAGGAGGACCUGAAGCUCAUCCGCGCCGACUGGCGGGAUGACGCUGCCAGGAACGGGUGUGUGGCGUGCGGGCAGGUGCAGUGCGAGUGCAAGACCCGGCCCGAGAACAGAGGUGCUGCGCCGAAGUCAGGCAUGGGGGAUGAUGUAAAGGCGGGAGGGAGCAAGGAGGGCAAGGAGAAAGGCGGGGGGAAGGAGCAGGAGAAGCAGGAUAAGGCGGGGCAGAAAGAGGCAGGGGGGCAGGGUGGGGAGGAGGAGGAGGACGAGGCGUUGCCGGAGGAGCUGCUGCAGGACGACCCCGAGGUGUCCCCGCUGGGCACCAUGAAGUGGAAGCGCGGCGAACUGCUGGGUGAAGGCGCGUACGGCAAGGUGAGCUGCUGGGUGAAGGCGCGUACGGCAAGGUGA